AUCGUAGGCGUUCUGGAUCGGGCCUCCGAGGUCCAUGGCAACAAUGCAUUUUCUUCCCGUGUGACGUGGGCCACGAAGAACAAAUCUCGUAAUGAGAUUUACCUUUCCAUGUCUUUGUUGCCCUCCUAAGCUUGAAGCAUCUGUAGCCUCGGAGCAUUCUCACCAACACCUCAUUGAGCGCCUGGCAAAGUCCUUUCAAAAUGGGGGCCAUGCCAACGCCCCUGACGAAUGGUUCCGGACUCUUGCCGUACGAGGUGCCGUACGACUCCUUGCCUGACAAACGUCGUGUUUGGCACGCCAAGCCGGGGUCGAGGGAAGAAGGCCUCGGACGUCUCGCCCUCCUCACCCCUGACGUGGUCGCCGAAGCGGCCAAGACUUGUAUCAAGACCGGUGUUCGGGUCUCUCUAAAUUGGGAGCUGACGAAGCUUGACGUUGCCAACUUCAACCGUGCCCCAGCACAACACCACAUCACGUCUCUCCUCGGCGGCGCAGGGUUCGACGACGUGUACAUUUUCAACCCGCAGCAGUCGUCACAGUGGGACGGCCUGCGACACUUCUCUGCGCCGUUCCCCACGCCCAGUAGCCCGUCUCAAAGGCUGUUCUACGGCGGUACCACUGCUUCGGAAAUAUCGGACCGUUCAAAUCUGAGACUCGGCAUCCAUCACUGGGCAAAGGAAGGCAUUUGUGGCAGGGGUGUGCUGUUGGAUUAUGUCGCAUACGCCGAAAAGCACUCCAUAAGCUACAGUGCCUUGUCGGACCAUGCGAUUCCACUCCAGACUUUGAAGCAAAUUGCGAAGAACCAGGGGGUCGAAUUCCGCCGCGGGGACAUCUUGUUCGUGAGAAUCGGUCUCACCCGAGAGUGGGAUACCCAAAUGAGUUCGGCAGAAAAGCAAGCAUAUGCCCGAAAUCCUAAUCCAGAGCAUGCCGGCGUUGAGGGCACGGAGGAAAUAUUGCGCUGGAUCUGGGACGAAGGGUUCGCGGCGGUGGCAGGCGACGCUGUUUCUUUCGAGGUCUAUCCUCCACAAAAGACGUACGCUCGAGUCGAUGAAGCUGAAGUACCGGGGGUUUUCAUGCAUGAAUACCUCAUCGCGGGCUGGGGCCUUCCCGUCGGAGAACUUUUCGACCUCGAGGAGUUGAGUCGGACUUGCCAGCAGCUCGGUAGAUGGGAGUUUUUCGUCACAAGCGCCCCUUUAAAUAUGCCCGGAGGAGUCAGCAGUCCGCCGAACUGUCUCGCGAUCUUCUGACAGUCGUUUGGUCAGAGGACUAGAUGAGUUGAAUCGACUGCAUGUCCUCAUUGACUUUGAGAAAGCCAUUACUCCUCGAAAUUUUCGAAACAUUGCAGG